GUGUGAGCUUUGUCAGUGUGAGAUUAGCAACGGACGUGGCGGCGUGCGCCAGUGGACUUCGUCUCAUUGUUUGUGACUUCUUGUUGAAAGUGAAAUUUAUUUACAUACAAUACACACUAACGCAAGAGAGGAACCCCUUCCGCUGCUCUGCCCAAUUUAAGGGCUGUAUUGCAGGAGUUCUUGGUAAACGGCCAUUAAGUUCGUCACUCCAAUUGAUUCCUGUGUGAACUCCCAGAAAUGCUGGUGUGUGUGUUUGCUUUCCACUUUCAAGAAUAGCUUAAAACAAGCAAGAGAAACAGAACACAGGGCGAUGAGGUGGCUAACGCUACUGCUGGUCCUGGGGUUGCUCUGCCAGGUACCUCCUCCUACAUCUUCACUGGAGUUGGACGUGGAUGAUAAUGUUGUGAAAAGCAUCUUGGACCUACUUACCCCAAUUCUAGGAGGAGAUGUUGAAGGAGCACUCCAAGGAUUCAUUAACAUUGGUCAGAUUGGCAUGGGUGUUGCAAAGUUUAUCAAUAUCAUCUCCAGUCAGGUGUUCAAUGUUUCCUUAGCAGAUAUGAACUUUGGAUCUUAUAUUCCCAUGGCCGAUCGAAAGAUUCUUGCCAUGUUCGAGUUGCUGACUCGAAGACUUGAUCAAAUGGAACAUGGGGUCCACGGAAUUGCCAACUCUCUUAGAGAUUUGACUGAUGGAAUGCAAGAUAUGGUUCGAUGGGAAAUUGCCCUUGAUACAAUGGAAGAGUACAUGCGACCCAUACACACACUCUAUAAGCGAUUCCUUCUCUACCAGGAACUUAAAGAUAAGAUUGAAGACCACACCUUAAUGGAUUUUGCAAACCAGGUAGUUUCUCAUGAUACUCAUUCCAUUAUGUCCCUCAUGGCACAUCUGCAUAGUAUGGCAGCACCUGAUGCAUCCCUUCGCAGUGGGUCUCCAGUUCGCAGUUCUUCUGAUGCUCUAUCAAGCUUGAAUAAUCCCAAAGAUGUUUACUUUGUACCAAAAAAAGUAACCCAGAAAGUAUCAAGAACACUUGAACUCAAAGAAAAACGAAUAAAUGGUUCUAGAAGAACUGAUGAAAAGAUGGGGCAGUUCUUAUUCAGACCCAGUUUGUUUGAAAUGUUACACCAAGCCAUAAAGAGCAGUGACAAGUGUAGAUUAAAGCAGUCCCCCCAGCAAUUGGUGAAUGGUCUUCAUGUAUUAAUUUCUCUCACAGAGGCUAGAGGUUAUGCCAUGUUGGAAUUUGCGUGGAUGAUCCUGAGAGUAUAUAAUGAAGGCAACUUUACUGUUGAACGGGAAAUAGCUCAGCGUUUAUAUUUGCAGUAUUCUGAAGACUUGCUUAAGGAAGCAUACAAAACACUUUCAGAUGAAGAAAGGGAAUUCUACAGGUGUGAUCCAGAUAAACACAUCAGUGGGGAUACCUAUGUACAAUUUACUGAACUUCUGCAGGGAUACAUUGAAAAUGAAGUUGAUAUGAACAGCGGUGGCUCUUGUACCCAGACUUGUGGCUAUUAUAAACAUACCAAAAGUGAGGGUUGCUACUUACCAACAAGGCAGUAUUGUGGACAACAUCGUCGUUGUCGCGGUACAAUUCAUGAUUGUAAGUUCUAUGAUGCAGAUGCUUGGGUUUGUCUCUCAAAAAAUCCAUAUCGUCGCUAUGAUUAUGUAAAAUAUGAGAGUGGCCUGCGAUUAGGAACAAUGAAUGCAUGCAGUGGGACAACCAUGAAAGUGGAUUCAUGGUGGCGUUGGUUUGUUCACUGCAGCUACUGCCUAUGUUUGUGUGAUGAUGGGGAAUCGCCAACUACUGAUCGAUUCAUCAGCCUUAUGCCAUCCUUCAGUGAUAUGCGAAACAACAUGGUGGUGACAGGCCUGAAAUUUAUGAAGAAACAGCGGGUCAUCCACAUACAAAUUCAACAAGGUGAAGCACUUCCACAAGGACAGGUCAACAUCUCAUCAAUUCAAUGGGUUCCUGUGGAACCAAUAAACAUUAUAAGCACAGCGUACCAAGAAGGCACCCACUUCAAGAAAUUAUCAUAUGAAGACCGAAACAUUGAUCUAGAUCAACUAUCAGCCCCUGAAGCACAUGUAGUCACUGGUGUCAGGUUUAGGAUGCUAGGAUCUCAUAUUAACCUGGAGAUGCAAGUAACACCUGUGAACUAUACAGAUGGUAAACUUGAACCAUACAAGAGCUACUGGGUUAGUAAUGAUAACACUCCAGCCAUGGCAAACAAUCCAAGAAAGCAGUUCAGUGUUGAUGACCUUGAUGAUCCAACUAAGUUUCCCUUACAAAACAAACAAGAUGCUGAACCAGAUUCUUGGUUGCGCUUUGUUCCUACUUCAAGAGGUGAAGAUGUUGCACAACUGACAGUACCUUUCUUUGAUGCCCAGAAUGUUUCUCCUUCACCUAGCUCUUGGCUUUCUGGAAUUGAGAUCUUCCACAAAGGACAACCAGGUUCCGGUGGUUUUUUAGGUCUCAAAGUGUACACCUACGAUGUGACCCAACAUAUGGAAACUUCGAGAGAUGAAAAAGUAAUGAGGUACCUCGCUCCACCAUUCAGUGAACCCAUCAAUAGUAGCCUUGAAAUUGACCUUUACAGUGAUCUUGAAGAUACUGUCAAUGAACAUGAGAAAGGACUUGGUGUACUUGGCUACAUAACAAACUUCAUAGACAAGAUAAUGCAUAUUGGUUUAAAGGUUAUGAACAUAAACACAAGGUCAUCUAAAAUCCAAGGCAAAAUAUUUGAAGCAUUUCAAGUUUUAUCAAACCGUCUUGAUCAUCUUGAAGAAAAGAUUGGCGAUGUGAAAGUCUCAUUAAAAAGAUUAGCUAAUGAGUUAAGGGAUGUGAUACAUUGGGAGCUUGCCCUUAACACCCUAGAAGAAUAUGCAAGAGCCAUCAACACCAUGUAUGAACGUUUCAUGUUAUAUCAAGGGAUGGAAGAGAAGGUUGAAAAUCAAACAAUACUGGAAUUUAUCAAGCAAGUAGUUUCUCAUGACAGAUAUUCAGUUUCAUCACUUAUGGGUGACCUUUACAGCAUGGCAGUGUCCUCUUCAUCUAUGUCAUCUAAUAGGGAUUUUUUACAAAAGACUUCAAAUAAAAAAAAUCACAAUUUUGAGAAAGUUAAAAUCAUGACCAAUACGCAAGAAAGAAUCAAAAGAAGAAAACGAGAUGAUAUUCUUCAAACCAGCUUUAGAUCAAGUGUGUUCACAAUACUGCUGGAUGUAAUGAAACAAACAAACCCUUGCAAGCUUGAGCAAUCACCACAACUACUUAUGAAUGGACUGUAUAUUCUACUAGCAAUUACUCAAGCAAGGGGUUUUGUGAUGUUGGAGUUUUCCUGGAUGAUUCUUAGAUUAAAUGAUAAGGGGAAUUUCACAACUGAACAAGAAAUGUCUGAAUACCUAUUUAUGAAAUAUUCAGAAGAUAUUCUACGUGAGGCUCAGAAAGCCAUGGCUGACACAUCUAGAGAUUUCUUUGUUUGUGAUCCUCAAAAACAUGUUGAGGGGAUAACAUUUCUUCAGUUCACGGAGUUUUUGCAGGGAUACCUUGAAAAUGAAGUGGAUAUGAAUAGCUAUGGAACUUGUAAACAAAACUGUGCUUAUUAUCAAAAUGCCAGACAUGAGACUUGUUACGAACCACAAACACAGCUUUGUGGAAAGCAACCCAAAUGCCAAGGGACUCUAAGAGACUGCCAGUUUCAUGAACCAGAUGCAUGGGUAUGUUUAUCAGAGAGGGAGCACAGAAGAUAUGAUUACAUCAGAUAUGAAAGUGGAUCACAAUUUGGUUACAAUGGAAAGUGCAAUGGAACUGUCCUGAAAGUUGAUUCCUGGUACAGAUGGCUACUUUACCACUGCAGUUAUUGUCUUUGUAUAUGCGACAAUGAAGAUCUGCUAACUAGUGAACGGUACAUCAGCCUUGCUGAAGUUAUGAGUAACACAAAUGACAACAUGGUAGUCACUGGAGUAAAGUUUGUUAAGAUAAACAAGGUCAUCCACUUGGUCAUCCAGCAGGGGAAAGCUUUACCUAGAGGAGAAAUUGAUGCUUCUACAGUUCAAUGGAUGGAUGCAGCACCAAUUGAUGUAGAUAGUCCUAUGUACAAGAAGAACAUAAACUACAAGAGACUCUCAUAUGAUGAACGCAGUAUUGACCUUGAUCGUUUGGAAGGCCCUUCUAAUCAUACAGUAACUGGUGUAAAGUUCCGUGCUCUGGAAACUCAUAUUAACCUGCAGGUACAUGUAACACCCAUUGAUUAUGCAAGUGGCAAAUUGGUACCUGCAGAGAGUUACUGGAUUCAAAAUGACAUCUUUCCCGAAGCCAGAAAAGAGAUAAAAUUGCAAGAACCAAGUGACCCAACUAAAGCCUCUCUCCCAAACAGAGAAACACUUGAGUCAAACUCUUAUGUUCAGUUUGGACCAACAUCUAGGAGGUCUGAUGUAGCUCAACUGACAGUGCCUUUCUUUGAUGCCCAGGAAGUCUCCCUUUCAUCUCCAGGCUGGCUUGCAGGGCUUGACCUUUACCACAAGGGCCAGCCUGGUUCUGGAGGAUUUAUAGGACUUAAGCUAAUAACCUUCAAUUUGUCAGAACACAUGGUAAAUAAAAAAAAAUAGCUAUUAAACACCACACCUUAUAAAGGAAAAAAAAUGAACUAAGUGAUUUACUACAUCAAUUAUUACUAAACUUACCUGCAUUCUAAUGGAAGUGGGAAAAUGUAGAAAAAAUUGUGUGAAUAGAAUGGCAGAGAUAGAUAUGAUACAUUACGAGUUUAAAUAAUAGAGAGAUAUUAUAUAAUUUGUAUUAUGCUUACAGUCAGAAUGCUCUUUCAAUAAUUUGUAUCUUGUUUACAAUUUGAAUUAUUAUUCAUUAAUCUGUAUCAUGCUUAUGUAGUUUCUUUUUUGUACUGGGUAACACAGGCAUAUAUAUAACUCAAGUUCAACUCAUUCAAGAUUAAAUCCUUCUGGACAGCAUGUCCAAGUCUAAAAAUGAAUCUAUGGUCUAGUUACACUACAUAAUUUAUUUUUAAGAAUUUUUAUACAAUCUUUUGAAAGAAAUAAAAUUUAUUUUGUGAGUGACUUAGCUACUUUUGUACUUAAGGAAUUACUUUUGUACUUAAGGACUUAAAGUAAAGUCUUCUCAGGGUAAACUGA